AUGAAAGGCAUGGGAAAUAAAGUCAACUGGCCUGAGAAGAUUCAAAAGUCGGAAGCUCUGAAAGAUAUGACCAAAUGGUGUGAAUUUCAUGGCGAUCGCAGACACACCACGGCUGAAUGUAUAACACUCAAGUUCAAAGUUGCAGGGCUACUUCGUCGAGGACAACUACGAGAUUUCCUUUUUGAUAAAGGCAAAGCAACUGUAGCAGAAGGGGAUAAAAUACAAGAGAGUCCACUUGAACCCCCUCAGAAUGCGAGGACCGUGAAUGUGAUCUCAGGAGGAUCAGAAGUUAGUGAAAUUAUGUAUUCAGCAGCUAAACGCCAUGCACGAGAACCAAUCAACAGUCAAGGAAAGCCGAGAAAGCCAGAGACAAUCGUUGGACAGUCCAUCAGCUUUGUCAAUGACGAAGCCACAUACUUGCUUCACCCUCACCAUGAUGCCUUAGUCAUUUCAUUAUACAUUGCAAACUGUUUUAUUAAACGUGUAUUGAUCGAUAAUGGGAGGUCUGCUAACAUUUUAUUUAUCAAUGCUCUUAGGGAUAUGAAAGUUGACGAGUCAACAAUCACCCGCAAAUCCACAGUCUUAAUCAGGUUUAGUGGUGAGCAAAAGCACUCGAUUGGAGAGGUCAACUUGCAUGUUUGGGCAAAAGGAGUAAACCUCCAAACCAAGUUCAUUGUUGUUGACUGUCCCUCUUCAUACAAUGCCAUCCUUGGCCGACCAUGGAUCCAUGAGAUGAAAGCUGUGCCAUCCACAUACCACCAAGUUAUCAAAUUUCCUACACCAUGGGGAAUAAAGCAGAUAUCAUGGGCACAAAGAGCAGUGUGA